AUGUCUGCGCCAACUGCCAUCGAUAGUACUCAGACCUUUCUCUACCUCUGCCUCACCAACCUAGAUGGAGGCAAAAUCGAUUUCGACAAGGUCUGCGCGGCCACGGGUCUCAAGCUCGCCGCUGCACGCAUGCGCUUGGCUCGCUUCAAGCAGAAAGUCGAAGCCAACUACCCCGAUGGAAAGGUCACCAUGGUCAACGGCGGUAGCCCCGUCAAGGGCGGCGCUGAUGGCAACGGCGACGAGGGCGAGGAUGGAGAUGUCACUGUCGCUGAUGCUAAUGCUGAAGCUGGUGACCCGAAGCCCUCUCCUCUCAAGAAGAGGAAGACUGCCAAGGAGGCCACCCCCAAGAAAGUCAGGACCGUGAAGGCCACCCCCAAGCCCAAGGGCAAGAGACAGGCAAAGGUGAAGACUGAGGAGGGUCAGGAUGAGGAUGAGGAGGCUGAGCGUCAGGAGGCUGAUGGCAUUCGCCGUGUCAUCAACGCCGAGGAGAUGGAUUAA